CGCCACCAGCAGCUACGCCCAGAACCAAGUGCGUGGCAACUCCACUUCCCGAUUGACCUCCAGCCAUGCAUCGCGUCGCCAAGUCCUUCGCCACCCGCUCCAGCGCCGCUGCCUCGCGUCUUCUACGUCCGCAUGCCAUUGGCCGCUGCGUUGUGUUCUUCAGUACUGACGCGCCGCAGAUGGGCAAGCGUUUGACGCCCGAGGAGAUCGCCGAGCGUCGCGCCAAACGGGCGGAGCGACGCGCGGCCAGCGGUGACGCUGCAAACGAGGAGAAGAGCGAAGCCUUGUUCAUUGAAGGCUCCGUUCGGCCGUACCAGCGCCACUACGUUAUUGUGGAACCAGAGAAUACGGACCCGAACGCUUGGCCGGCCAAGCUGGAGCGGACACCUGAGCACAUUUUAAGCUCGUACAUGGCCGCAUUGGUCAAGCUUUACGACGGCGACAUCACGAAGGUGAAGAAGAGUCCACUGCUCGUGACGGCUGCAAUCCCCUACACAGGCGUGUGCAGCGGUGGACUACGUAACAGUGAGAAACCCAUUGAGAGGGAAGAAGGCGCACACGACAUCUUGGUAUUCCCGGAUUUCGUGCGUGUCCACAACGUUUUGCCGUCGCAGAUCUCGACGCUAGUGAGUAAGUCGCUAGAGAAGGACCUCGAUCUGCCUGCAGUGCUGGAGCAAGAGAAUCUGCAGUACACGCGAAUGGAGAAUGCCUACCACAUGAUGGUGUGUGGCCAUGCCGCCAGAGACGAGCGUUGCGGUUGCAAAGGUCCAGAAUUGCUGGAGUGGUUGAAAAACUCGGCGACUGGCGCCAACAAGCCGUUGAAUCUUUGGACUUCGAGCCAUUACGGAGGCCACCGCUAUGCCGCAGCGUGCAUUGUGUAUCCUAGUGGCGACUGGUUUGGCUUGCUCAACGAAGAAGACAAGGCGAAGGGGAUGCUUGACGCCAUGAACGACGAAGAUCCGCUGAGGAUAUACGAACUAUGGCGCGGUCGGAUGGGCCUCACUGCGAACGAAAUGCACCAAGCAGUGAAGGAGAGGGCCGAGUUUUCAGACGAGGUCGCUGAAAAUGCAUAAGUGCCGAUUUGAAUGAGAAACACCGAAACUUGUUCGUCAACUCGCAUUUUUUUUUCAGUUGGAGACAUUUCAAUCUUAAUACUUCGAAGUAUAUUGCGAAGUAUCUUUUGGCUUGCG